AUGCCUGCCCCAGGCGAUCAACAUACCACGGUGACGAAUCCUUUCGAGGAGCAGCGCCCACGAGUCGCUGAAUGGGCUGCCAAGGAUAUUGCUACAAUCUCAGCGAAGCUCGAUAAACAACUUGGUCCCGAAUACAUCUCCGCACGCGCAGGUCCCGGUGGUACUAAAGUCCACUAUCUCACUGCUGAGAAAUGCAUCACAUUGGCGAACGAAGUCUUUGGGUUUAACGGAUGGUCGUCUUCCAUCCAAAACAUUCAGGUCGAUUUUGCCGACGAGAACCCACAGACACAGCGCGUCAGCAUUGGCUUGUCGGUUAUUGUUCGAAUCACACUACGAGAUGGAACCUACCAUGAAGACAUCGGCUACGGUUCCAUCGAGAACGCCAAAGGAAAGGCGAUGGCUUUCGAGAAGGCCAAAAAGGAGGGUACUACUGAUGGACUGAAGCGUGCAUUGAGGAGCUUCGGCAAUGUCUUGGGUAACUGCAUCUACGACAAAGAUUACGUGAAGCAGGUUACCAAGAUGAAGGCGGAGCCUGUCAAGAAGUUUGACCAAGACAACUUGCACCGUCACGCUGACUUCAUAAAACGUGACGUUCCGAGAACAGAACCCGCGGCCCCGGCGGCUCCUGCUCCUCCCGCGAUCAAGGCCGAGCCCGUACCGCCGCUCCCGGUCGCAGAGUCAUUUGACGACUAUCUUGGAGAGCUCGACGAGGCCGACUUCUGUGUGCCAGAAGAUGGCCAUCCAGACGAAAUUAUGCUUUCAACAUCAAUCUUGGGCCAAAAUGCGAACGAAAAGCCCGUCGCGAAACCUCAAGGCCAACAAAUGCAACAACCCAGCAGAUCGAACUCUACCGGGCCUCCGAGCCGAGCGCCCCAAACUCCGAUACAAGGACAGCAACGCUCAAAUCCCUCCAACGGUCCCAACCCUCUUGCAAAUCGUCCCCAAGGCGGGCCAUCGGGACGUACAACUCCAAGCCAAAUGGGGAACCCUCGCCCGCCGCCGAAUGCACCUCAAAAUAUGCCCGAGACUGUAGGAUUCUUUUCGGCAAAGGCUGUCAAUCAGUUGCCUGAGUCCACUCUAGAAGGUUCGAGCAAUGCCCGGCUUUCUUUGCCACAAGGACAACAAGCCUUUAACCCUAAGGCCGAAAGCCCUUCGAUUCGAAAAACACCUGGCAUCGACCACAAUUCAUCCAAACCUGUCGCAAAGAAUGGCCAGCACGUUGCCCCGACUAACAGUCAAGCAACUCCUGCACCUGCACCUGCUCAGCGAUCCAACUCCAGUAGCUUCACUCCGGUACGGCCAUCCAUGCCACCGAGCUCCCAGAGUGCCCGGGGAAAUGUGGUGAAUCCAUCCCUGGACCAGACUCGUCGAAUUGGUGCACCAUCUGGUCCAGGUAGUCCCCUGGCGAACAGAGGUAGCUAUCGACCGCCGGCGAUGAAACGACCACCCCCUGCUGAUGGGCGAACUGCCUUGGCCGAUCUUCCCGCCAACGGAAACGGAGGCGCAACUUCGACUGCGGCUAGCGGGUUGGAUGCGAAGAGACAGAAGAUGGCGUAG